AUGGCGACUUACACGGCUGCUGCCGCUGUCAGUCGCUCAUUGAAGUUUUUCCUCAAAGACUCUCCUUUGAUUUCACGUCAGAUUUGUCGUUUGUCGAGCAGUUUCUCUGGAAAAGGUUACAGUAGUUGGAGGGCAUGCUGUUCAUCUGCAUCGUCCUGCUCCUCGGCUCCUCCAGCAGCAGACACGUGUGGUUCCAGUGAAACUCUUGUGCACUUUGAUAGCCUCGUUCAGGGUGGCUUCCUGAGGAGGGAUGCCCAACAGAGACGGGUUCUCCAGCAGCUGGCCCAGCUGCAGCACAGCCUCAAGAGCUACAGUAACAGUAUCUACUUGAAUCAAGACAUUCUAAACUCAAAAGAUGACAGCAGCCAACAUCACAGUGGCACCAGAGCAGCCGAAAACAAAGGCAGUGAGCUCACUGAAAAGGAGAAACCCAUUCCACCACCACCAGCACCACCACCCAAAGGCUUCUAUAUAUAUGGAGAUGUUGGCACAGGGAAGACCAUGCUUAUGGAUCUGUUUUAUUCCCAUGUGAAGAACAGUCGCAAAAAGCGAGUCCACUUCAACGGCUUCAUGUUGGACAUCCACAAAAGGAUCCAUCGGAGGAAACAAAGCCUGCCAAAACGGAGGUUAGGGAAAAUGUUCACCUAUGACCCCAUAUCACCGGUUGCCAUGGAGAUCAGCAGUGAGACCUGCCUCUUGUGUUUUGACGAGUUUCAGGUGGCAGACAUCGCCGACGCCAUGAUCCUGAAGCAGCUGUUUGAGACGCUGUUUAAAACUGGAGUGGUGGUGGUGGCUACCUCCAACAGACCCCCUGAUGAUCUGUACAAAAACGGACUUCAGAGGGACACCUUCCUACCUUUCAUCGAUGUGCUGAAGGAAUACUGCCACCCCAUCUGCUUAGACACAGGGAUUGACUACAGGAAGCUUGGCGAGGCUGCAGCAGGGAAACUUUACUACCUCACAGGGGAGCCUGGUGCAGAGGCCUUGGAUGCACUGUUUGAAGAGCUAUCAUUAAGACAAAAGAGUGCUACAGGUCCCCGGGUGCUCUCAGUGCUGGGUAGAGAUGUGACUCUAGAAAAGACCUGUGGAACCGUUGCUGACUGUACUUUUGAUGAGCUGUGCGGCAGAGCUUUGGGUGCCAGCGAUUACCUGGAGAUGGCGCGGCUCUUCGACACAGUAUUGAUCCGCCGCGUUCCCGUGCUGACGCUGUCGAUGAAGGAUCAGGCCAGACGCUUUACCACCCUCAUAGACAACUUCUAUGACAAAAAGGUGAGGGUGGUGCUGCUGGCAGAUGCUCCUUUGGACCGGCUCUUUGUCCACACUGGAGGAGAUGAUGAGAGGGACCGGCAGCUCCUGGAUGAGCUAGGCCUCAGUGAGAAGGCAGCAGAGCGACUUACCCUCUUCACAGCCGAGGAGGAGAUCUUUGCCUUCCAGAGGACAAUCUCUAGACUGAUGGAGAUGCAGACGGAGGCAUACUGGCUGGAGGGAGACCGCAAUCGCAGAAAGACCCACAGUGAAACUUAGCGCCUGUUCCUAACUGUCAUGAUAAUUAUCUACCUCAGCACAGCACAGAGCCUCUAAGCACUAACACUGCAUAGGAGAUGCAUUCAGUUGAGCAGAAGUAGAAAAGACCAAGUCUGUUUUGGGAAACCAAAAUCAUCUUUUUCUUCUUCUUCUUCAGAGAAAUCAAUAUUUAACAAGGCAAAACAAAGCAUAGUACCUGUGUGUGUUGUACUUUUUUUCUGCCUGGUCCUUUUUUGUGACAUGUGCUAUCUCCCCAUUGAAAACGAUUUGUUUUAAAUAAUAUGAAAACCUCUCUAACAUGAGCGAACCACAGGCAAACGGGUGCUCACUUUAGAGAGGAGGGAAGUGUGUUUCACUGCAGUUGGUUACUGCCCUCUAGUGGGUGGAUGUGAAAAGGGCAAGGUGUUUUCAAGCUGUCCAUUUGAGCACUGAUGUUGAUUUAGGAUAUGUUUGCUAUUAUUCAAUAUACUUAAUGUAUUUUAUUUUAAGGAACUUCUGCCAUUUUUGUAAGCUUUCUAUGAAA